CUUUCAUCUGCCGCCGCGGCCCAAUGGGAAGGCGGAGGCUGCCUGCAAGUGGUCUAAUCUCAAUGAGGUGUCAAUCAUGUUCCCCGGUGGGUGAAGUAAGGUCUUUUGUAAACGCCUCUGUCUUUGGGAAAGAGAGGAGCGAGGAGGAAGACUGGAGCGGAGAGGGGGACGUCGGACCGUGCUGCAGGAGAGGAACUGAGAUUUGAUCUCGCUUGUGCGUUAGCAGGGAGAAGCGGAGCACAUGGAUUUCUAAACACGCUGGGAUUUUAUAUAUCUACAAAAAUAACAACAAGCGAACCUGACCCUACUGAAACAGUCAAAUGAAUCGUAAUUGCAGAUCAAUGCAGAGAGAUGGGGAAACUUCACUCGAAACAUGCUGCCGUUUGUAAACCCCGAGAAAGUCCAGAAGGUGAUAGUUUUGCGGUGAACGCCUCUCUGGCUCGCAAAGGGCUGGAGGACUGGAUGGUGAAGCAGAAAUACUCCGGGGGCAGCAGCAGCGGAGGUAGCAGCUUGGGACUCCAGCAAGGCUGCCAGCACCGGGCUGUUUGCAGGCUCUCCAGCGCCAGGGAUUUAUCGGGGGAAGGCUACAGAGACAGUAUUGGUGAUGAACACUUUCAUCUAGAAGUGGCUUUGCCUCCAGAGAAGACAGAUGGAGUUUGCAGUGCAGAUGAAAAGAAAGCAGAAAAAGAAAGUGACACAAGCAAAAGUUCCAAGAAGCAACUGAAAUUUGAAGAAUUGCAAUGUGAUGUGUCUGUAGAGGAAGAUAACAGGCAAGAAUGGACCUUCACACUGUAUGACUUUGAUAACAACGGAAGAGUCACACGUGAGGAUAUUACCAGCUUGCUUCAUACCAUCUAUGAGGUAGUUGAUGCAUCAGUAAACCAUUCUCCUAGUUCCAGCAAAACUCUGCGAGUGAAACUUACCGUUGCACCAGAUGGCAGCCAGAAGAAAAAGAGUAUCUUGUUAAAUCAUACUGAUUUGCAGAGUGCCCGGCAUAGAGCUGAAAGCAAAGCUAAUGAAGAAGUAAGAAACUCUGAGAAGAAGCAGAGGCCUUCUCUCAGAUAUCACCAGAGUGAGAACAAUCCAGAGCAGAGUGGGUGCUAUCGUCAUUGUGUUGAUGAGAACAUUGAAAGGAGAAACCACUAUUUGGAUCUUGCGGGAAUAGAAAACUACACAUCAAAGUUUGGGCCAGGAUCUCCUCCAGCAGCUCAAAAACAUGACCCACCAAGCAGAGCUGUGAAUCAAACUAGAUCCCGUUCUCAUGAACCUGAAACCUUCCAUGCUCACCAUAGGAAAUCUCAAGUGCUGGAUCCGAGCCACAUCAAUCUGGCUGAGAGUUCAUAUGCCAAGAUUGCAGAAAUCCAGCAAAGGCUCCGGAAUCAGGACUCAAACAAGCACUUUGUGAGGUCUCCCAAGGCCCAGGGCAAAAAUGUUGCUCCUGUGCAUCCUGGAAGGGCAGUAAGAAAUAAACCUUUUCAAGGGGCGCCCAUGCCAAUGGCUUCCCCAGGCGCACGGGUGGGCCAGAAUCUUCCGUACCUCCCCUUGCAAUCUCAACAGGUUCACAAGAAGCAUAAGCAGAGGGCAAAGGAGAAUCACCAAAUGUGCAAAACCUUCCAGUCUGCAGGGACAGUUGUGGAAAAGGAACACGUGAGAGACCUGCCCACAGUCAUUUUAUAUGAAGGCCAAGUUGGACAAAUGAUACAAAGACAUGAACACCACCACCACCAUGAGCACCACCACCACUACCAUCACUUCUACCAGACAUAGAAGAGAAUGUCCUCCAAGAAUCAUCCGAUAUGAAGGAAAUGUGUUCUUGUGAUAUCAGAACUAAGGCAUUACUAUGAUUAAUAUUAUUGUUACUCGAUUAAUAUUCAGCUAGCAUAUAUUUUAGAGGUUAUAUGGAACUCUUGAAACUUACCCUAUUUAUAUGUUGUGAAACUGCAUAGCUUACUUAAACACCUUGUGGAUUUUUUUUAUUAUUUUUUUUUUAAGUGGCUUGUAAAACAGCAAACAGCUAUAGCUUUUUGAGCUGUGAUUUAAUACAGGUCAUCAACGCACUUCUUUACAAGUCCUACUUCCAUUGUAGUAGGAAAGAUACUUCAAACACUCUUGCAGACAUCUAGCUUACCAGUCUGCUGUAUGUUGGCUGAUCGCACACGAGCCUUUUAUCAGGGGAGCAAUGUUCAAGGGGUUGGACUCCAGAGAUACUCGGAAUAACAGAAAAUACAAACAGCUGCUACCUCUAGUAUUAUUCAGAUUUUAUUUUCUUGUUAUUGAUUGUAAUGUGCUAUGGGGAGGGUUGGGAUUUUAAUAUACUGCAUUCAUGUAGCCUGUUUGUGAUCACAUCCUUUCAAAUUAGCUUAAUAAUUACACGGAAGUAUUAGUUAAACGUGUCAACAGAGCUACAUUUGUAUGACUUACACUUUAUUUUCUUGGAGAUUCUUCACUGACACAAGUACAGUCUGUUAUAUGCUGGGUAAUAUUUAAAUAUACUUCUUUUGUUUUCUUUUUUUGUGGGGUUUUUUGUUUUGUUUUGGUUUUCUUUGGUCUUCUGUUGCUUACUCUCCAUUCUGUUUGGGGUAACCAUUUGAGAAGAGGAGGAUAUGAAAUGGAGUUUUCAAAAGCAUCACUAGACUUUAGUGCUUGGGCCAUAAGUAUCAUUCAUAGGGGUUUAAGAAGGAGUGGGGUUGUUUGGGUGGGUUUUUUUGUUUAACUCCACAGUUCUUUGUUUUGAGAAAGAAUUGAGGAAAAUAUACUUUCUCACUUUAAAUGUUGGCAAAUAUAUAUAAAGUAUAAAUAUAAAUAUAUAUAUAUAUAAAUAUGCACACUCUCAGGUACAUUUUGUUGUGUUUUAGAAAUCUGUGGUUUGAAUAUUAACAUUAUAGUGUUUUUUUUCCACAAUGGUGACUUUUUAGAAAUAUAUGCCAUGGCAUUCUCUUGAGUGUCUCCAAUUUAAAUUUCCCCAGCACCUACCAGUUUGUGCUUCUCCCAUUUCAGAGACAAUUCAACAUCUAAAAAAAUAUAUCAUUCACAAUCAUUCUGGCCACUUCUACUUUUUCUGUAUCAAAGGGCUUCCAUUCCAUGAAGGAGAAUGAGACCAUACUCAUAAGAUCUUAGUGGCUGCUGAGAAAUUUGAAGGUCAAAAGCAAAUCAGAAAAGUUUAAAAAAGGGUUAGUACAUUCAAGUUUUAUGUUUUGUGGGGCUCAUACUUAUAACACAUUCAGUUGGGGUUUCUACAGAUCACAGUUUUUCAGGUAGAAAGUGACUGAAAAACACCUACGUUGCUUUUGGAGCUUUACAGAACUCCUCACAUAAAACCAUAAUUGUUCUAUAAACAUAUUUGCUUUUGGUUUUAAUUAUUUUAAAUGUUGUGGUAUUUUGUCUAUAGUAUAUAUUGUAAAAUGUAACUAUCCCACAUUGUUGCAAGACCUUUAUGAUUAGGGUAUUAUUUUUUUUCUGACUAGUGUUUUGAUCAGUCCAAAAUGGAGUGUUUCCAUACUGCUGAUCAGUUUUAGAGGGAUAUUGUCCUUUCUAAGAGCAUGGAGACAUCAACUUUUAAAGAAAAGUGGAAAGCCUUGCCUUCUUGUGGAAUUGGAAUAGAAUCACUGCUUCGUGGUAAUUAGGUCCAUCUCUUGUCUCCCUGGAUCAGUAGUUGUUUAGACUUAUUGUCCUCUUUAAAAAAUCUGGUUUAUUUUAUUUUAUUUUUUUUAGCUGUCAACAGUGUGUUCUGUUAAACCUAACAAUGUUUUUAAGAUGUGUUUGAUCUCUGUGACAACUAUACUGUUCUGUUUAUUUUUAAAAUUCCUAAAGUCCAAAAAUAUUUAUAUGGAGAAUUUUCUGUAUUGAAAAUAUGAAAAGGCCACAAAUUUGGUUAGUUACCACUGAGUUGUUCUAGUCUAAGCCUUUUUUGCUGCUUGUGUAUCAUUCUUUUUCAAUGUAUAUAUAACUAUGGACUGCAAAAACAAAAAGGCAUUUAUAUGUCUAGUAGAAGGAAUAAGCUUAUUUAUAUUAUAGUGUUAACAAAGUCUGAUGUAUGUAAGUGACUUACGUUAUACCGCAUGCAAACACGCAAGUGUACAUUCCAUCUAAGAAGGGAUGCCAUGCUAUUUGUCUCAAAGAUGUAAUUAAAGCUGAUCUCUUUUCAGUAGAGCAUAUGCUGGAAAGACUGGGAGGUGGGAAUUGUUUCACAGUCAAUUCUUUUUAAUGCAAUGGAAAAGGUUCUGGAAAAUGAGAGUGCUUUCAGAAUUGUGGGCUUUUCUAAGAAAGGGCAGCAAAGGGGCAUAAACGCUCUUUCACCCAGAGAUAAUUUGCUGGAAAAGAUAACAGCACAAAUAAAAAAAAUCCCAUCUGAUUGAAUAGUGUGCAGUACUAACUGUGGCAAGUGAACUCUGAAAAGUAGCACAACUGACUAUUGGUUACAAUCUUGCAUUAAUUUGUUUUGGAUUAUUCUGUUUGGAGAUUCAAAAGACAAAUUUUUCCUUGCUCAGAUUCUGUGAAAUACAUUUUAAUAACGUGGCAUCCCCAUACUACAACUUUACACCAGCCAUGUAUGAACAUAAAGUAUCUAAAUACUGUGCUGCAGUUGUUACGUGCUUUGUGUGAAUAACAUGUAGCACAGUUUCUUUUCACAGAACCUUAAAUUUCCAUAUCUUUUAAAAAUGUUUGCUUUUCAGUAUUUUGUAUAGUAAAUAUAGAUGGUUUUGACUAAAUGCUUUAUUUAUUUAACAGCAAAAACUGUGCCAAGAGAACCCCCUGUUAAUUAAAGUUUUACUAGUUCAGAAAGUAUAUUUCUUUCUUCUUCUUACGGAUUUCAGGGGCUUAUUGCAAUUGCUGUCACUGCUUGCAGGAUCCCAAUGAUGAAAGAGUUUGCAUUAACAUUUUUGCGAGCAGGAUCAGGCCAUAAGGUAUGGACUGGGUAUGCUUUGGUUUUAUAUUUAAACUAUGAAGUUUCACAGUUCAAUUUCUUGUCCCCUACUAUUAGUUACUGAGUAACUGAUUUUUCAGCUUGUUAUUAAUUCUGAAAACCUUAAAAAAGAAGAAGUAUUAUUUAAGUUUCUCAAAACUGUGGCUGAAUCCAAAUUUAAAACAGAUUAGUUGCUGGUUAAACAAAACAUUUCAUUUCCAAGCAAAAAAAAAAUCAAGAGUUGAAUAUAUGAUUAUGAUUUAAAAGUAAAAUGGAGUGGCAUGAAGUAAUUUCAAAUUAAAAUAGCCUUUCCACUUACUUUUUCUGGUUUUACACAAACCAAUUCAGCAAAACUAAGCCAAUCCUAAAAUCUGCACUCUUUGCUGAAAAAAUUUCAACUGAAAAAUUUGCUCAGUCCUACCAGCUGCAAUUUUUGGGAAGCUGGGUUUUUGAAAAGAAGGAUUGCUAAGCUCUUCUCACAACUUCAUGACCACCUAACACGAAGUAAACUAAGCUAAAGAUAGCAAAAUAAAAUAUCUCUCCCAGUGAAACUUCUGGCAAGACAUGCAGAUUCCCACUGGGUUCAGGAUGCCUAUAAUUUCAUUCCAGGAAUGUGGGUUUGAAAUCUAGGUAAUGUGCAGACAGUGAUUUCAGUAUUUAUUUUUCAUGCAUCUUACUGUUGAUGGUUUUGUAGUAGCUAAUAUUAAAUGCAAGUUUUACUGUAAGAGAUCAAGCUGGUAAGUUAAUUAAGAUUAGCAGCAAAUACUGUGCUUUAUGCUUGUGUCAUUGGAGGACAUCAAGGCACAUCCAAAUGCCUUUGAAACAUCCACACGUCACUUAGUCACUGUUAAAAAUUAAGCCCCAAUCCUGCCCUCAGUUGAUAAAGUACAGGUUCUGGCAAACUGGCAGACCCCAGCCCCCUAAGGCCAUAACUAAUUAAAAAGCCACAUAUAUGACCUCUAUAGCUGCCUUCCUGCUCCAGUCAUCAUGAGCACAGAACAGCCAAGUAUAGCUGAAGAAAUACCUUAAAGGUGUAUGUUUGUGUGUGUGUGUAUAUAUAUGUAAGUGUGUAUAUAUAUAUAUGUAUAUGUGUGUGUUCUCUGGCAGAAGUUAGUGAAUGGCACAAGAUGGAUUCUGUCAGAGGUGAUCUUUUUAUAAAGGGAUAAGUACUGUGUAUGCUUAACAGUCUAUAAGUUUUCACAUAAAUAUACAGAUACAAUGAAUAUGUACUGUUCCCCAUAUGUCAUUGUGUACCUCAAUUAUUGAAUGACAGAUUUCAUUUGUAUUCCAAUUAACAGAAAAUUUAAGCUCCUUGGGGCCUAAAUGAUACUUGAGAAAAAUUCAUCAUGCUAGAAAAUUUGCAAAAAACAUUCACCAUAAUUUUUGCCUGGAGUAUAGGCAAGAAUGUUCAUGUUUGGAAACAUGUCUUUAAUUACCUUGAUGCAAUUUAUCAAGAUUUGAAAAUAUGUUUUCAAACAUGACUUAUUCAUGGUCUUGCUGGGAACCAAGUCAUAUUCAGCAUCCUGUUAGUUGUCAGACUUCUUUUUUAAAAAAAUGUACCAAGCAGAAACAUGUUUGUAAAUCCAUGAAAUAAAAAUGGAAUUUAAUGGGUUUUCUAAAUAGCUUCUGGAAGAAGAUUUCUCUUCUUUUCUAAUGUACUUAGCAGCAAAAAAAUGUAUCACAUAAAGAUUUAUUUUCUAUGUAUAUUUGACAGCUGUUCUGUUGAUUUGACUUGGAAAGGGCUAUUUUGGGAUGUUCCUGGCUUGUGUACAUUUAAAAUAUGUUCAAAAUGGGCUUGAAGUAACAGACAUAGAAAAGCAAAUAACUUUAUAUUGAAAUUGUUCAGCAGACAUUGCACUGCAUCUUAUUUGAAAUUUGGAUUGUAGUUAUCAAAUAAUGAGAUUUGCAAUGACACUUUGAUUUACUUUUAUAUUGCUAUAUAAUUCUAGAUAAUUUGAUCCAACCAAGCUGAAAUUAUAGAAAUCAUAUGGAUGAGAUCUUCUAACUUCUUUGUUUUAAAAUAACAGGACUUAAGGACUAUUCAGACGGAUUGCUGUGAGAGUUAGAGCUGUGGAGAAAGACUGGCAAAGGAAGGAUGGAAAGAUUUGAGAAGUGUAGGAAUAUCACAGAACUGUCUGACGGAGAGGUGAGGGUAGACAGAUGAGGCAGGAAAAUCCUGCAUGUAGAAGCUAUAUUAAUUUUACUUUUUAAAAUUGCUUAUGGGACAUUUAUUGCUCAUAAAACACCAACAGUAGUUCACAGAAUGCUUUUCACUGGGAAAGCUUGAAAGACUUUCUAGGAGGGGUCAAUCUCCAGUGUGCAGCAGGAGGUGCAAGGAAGGAAAGCUGUAGAUAAUCACCACUAGGGCUGUGGCAGAGUAAGAAAUUAUACCCUGGUUUCCUGAGUCCCUGUCCAAGCUGAGGGAAAUUUUUUCAGAAGCAGUGCUGCUUCUACAGGUGUUUUCAAUAUUCCUUAGAACAUGUUUUGACUAGUAGCAUCAGUUCUUUUCCUCUUUGAUUACAAACACACAUAAGUUAAUCAAAUGUUGCCCAAAGCUUCAAUAUCUGUCCUGAUUUUUCUGAACACUGAGUGCUAACUGUACCUUGGAAAUCUAGUGAUACAGAGUAUAAUCUUUAUGUGACAAGAAAUGGCAGACUGGGCCUGUCUUCUAAACAGCCUAGUAUUUCAGGGUCUGAGAAUAGGAAGCUCUAGAAUUUUUGCAACAAUGCUGGAGACAGUGUUAAGGGGCUUCAUAAAUUUGGCAAUGGGCAAACCUUAACAAUAUUAGGCAUACUGGUAAUUAUGAGCACUGUGUUUUCUGCUUCUUAAUACAUGCUUAUGGAGUGGGUUUGUGUCUUCCUUUGAGUGCCUAGUCCAUAUAGACAAAGCAGCCUGUAAUUGCUACCAGCUAAGAGAUGUUCUGUGUUGGUGAGUGUGUACUUUGUGGAUGAAGUCAGAGGGUUCAGAUCCUUCUGGUGCUGAGUUUUAAUUCUUCCACAUAAUCUUUUCCAUUCUGUUCUAUUCCCAAAGUAUAGCACAUUGAGGCUUUGUGAGUUUUCUAAUAAAACACCUAACAAACUGGGCCAAAUUUGUCUUCAGCUUCACAAAUGGAAGCCAGAAGAGCCCUAUGCAUGUCUUGGAAUUUGGACCUUCAAAUGCAGUUUGCUAUAUGACUCAUCAUUUUUUCUUGUACUAAUUUCAGAUAUUUGAUAAGCUCUUUUUAUGGUUUACAAGUUUAAAAAAAACAAAUAAAACUUUGUAGAUUAAAACA